AUGGUGGGCCGAGGCGGCGGCGGUGGCUGCGGGGGGAGGAGUUUGCAUGGCGAUGUCUUGCUCGGGGAUCCUCUCUGGAAGGCUCCAGCACAAAGGAGCCGUGCGGCGGCCACGAGCGUGCGGAGCCCGCCCGUCCCCAAGCCCGGCCACCGCCUGGACACCAGAAACCUCAUCAAGAAUAGGGCUCGAGACAGUCCCCUGCGCAGCCUCCGCGGCGGAGCAGCCAGGCAGGACAAGGGGACAUUGCACGGCGCUCGUGUAGCCGGUGACGACAGCACCGCCAGCCCUGGGGCGCUGCCCCAGCUCUUGCCCAUCCGGGCUGACCGUGCCCGAGGGAGCAGGGGCACAGGGAGCUGCGAUCGCUGCCAGCACGAGGACCCCCAGAGCUGCCCGGCCCCGGAGCUGCCCGGCCCGGCACAGCCACCCGGAGAGAGCCCGGCUGCCACAGGGACACAGCCAAGGAGAUGGCGGUGGCGGUGCCUGAGGACACGGGUCUGCCCGCGCGCCGCUCUCCUGCCAGGUGCUGGGGCCCCUUUCCUCCUGCUGCUGCGGCUGGUGCAGGGCAACGGGGAGGGCAUGGGCAGGAUGAGAGCCGUCCCCCUCCCUGAGCAUAACAGAGGAGGGGGAAGGGGACGGGCGAGGAGCUGGCUCAGCUCCCCAGGAGGACACAAUGGCCAGAGCCAGAAGGGCCCCCCGCCAUCCCCACCAACCCUGCCCCGUCCCUCUGUCUGCUGGCAAAGUCCUGGUGCUUUCUACAAGUGCCCUGCACCACUGCUGCCUUGUCCUGGCGGGACCCUGGCUCUGCACCGGGUGUAUUUGGGGGAAAUGCCAGGUUUCUGGACCAGCCUGGAGCCCCGAGGGGAGCAGGGCUCAGCACAUCCCUCGCGGGGCCGCACAGGGAUGGCAGCACAAGCACGUGUGCCCUGUGUGCGGCUGCAACAGUCGCGCUGCUGAAGGUCCCGACGGGGCACGCGGCCCCUGUGGGACGAGGGCACCUGGAGGCGACAAGGGGCAGCGGGUGCCUGGGAGCCCCUGCCCAGCCCUGUCUCGCUCCUCAGCACGUGCUCAGCACCCGCUCCUGCAGCCAGCCCCACCGAGAGGCGGCCUCUGACGGGGAGGGGACGUGGUGCCAGGGCACGUUGCCCCCGGUCCAUGUCGUGGUUUUCUCUGCCAGCCCUCCUCCUCCUCCUCCCUCUGUGUGCCGGCGGGCUCGGUGCAGACCCCAGCGGAUGCCUCUGCAGAAGCCCUGCUCUUGCGGAACUGCCCCUGCCCGGUCAGCGGGCACCGCCAGCACAGGCUGCGCCGUGCUCUAGCCGUGCCUUCACCCGUCCCCUUCCUCUGCUUCCUCUGCUUCAGCGCCCCUGCCCUCGGAGCCUCGCGAUGCUGAGGCAAAGGCUCAGCACUGCCGGGGCUGCCUCCUUCUCAGAGCACGUCUCAUCCUUGCUGGUGCCGGGGCUGGGAAACACGACUUGCAGGGAGCGCUGCUCGGGGGGGGUUGUGCCCCACCGUCACGGGUGGUAGCGGCAGAUCCUGCAGAGCCAUUCGUUCAGGAAGGGGGUUACGUUACGCAGGCCGAACCAUCCACUGACACCCUCCCAAAUCUCGAUCCAGUGGCAAAGCCCAAAAAUGCCUCCUGCUCUGGGAAGCUGUCACCCAGGAGGGCACUGCCUGGCCGUGGGGGGACUAACCGGGACCGGCUGUGCAUGCGUGCGCUCUGCUCCGUCGGUAACGCACUAACCAGGGCCCCCGGCCCCUCGCGAUAACUAACCCACUAACCAGCCCCGGCGCAUGCCCUACUAACCGCUCCUGUCUCGCCUCGCACUAACCAUGGGCAGCCUGCGCUGUCCUUAAAGGGGAACGGAAAAGCUGGGUAAGUACAGGGUGCUGCGGGGUGCUGCGGGGUGCUGCGGCACGGCACGGCACGGCUGGGGGAACGCAGGGGCAGGACUGGGCAGCGUGGCACCAAGGUGGGCAGCGCAGGGCAGAGCAGGGUGGGCAGAGCAGGGUGGGCAGCACAGGGCAGCACAGGGCAGAGCAGGGCAGAGCAGGGCAGAGCAGGGCAGAGCAGGGUGCCCGCAGGCAGCCCCCCGCAGGGGCCGCUCGCUGCCGCAGCGGGGCGGCGAUGCCCAGGGCCCCAUGGGGGUUCUGCUGCUGACUGGCAGCCCGAAACGGUUUUAUCAGCAGAAGCUUUUCAGUUCCUUUUUAAGCCAGUGGAUCUCUCUGUUACUAACACAUUCCUGAACUGAAUUAAACAAACUAAUUGUCGCUGCUUUUCUCUUCAUUUCUCUUCCAGUUUGUAUGCUCUCUAAGUACGACCGGUGAUGCCAUGCUUCUUUUACUAACCGCCUGUACUAACCUUGCCGUACUUGUUUCCCUACUGCUACUAACAACUAUCCUUUGCACUUUAACUCUCUGGUGCUGUCCAUCAUGGCAAAUGAACAGUGGCCUCCUGCCUGCCCAGGGGACUCGUGGCUGCUGGUGCUGCCCAGCAGCACUGCUGCCCUGGUACCUCUUGGAGGACAGUGCUCGGGCUGCGGGGCUUUCCAAAUUUCCCUAUUGGCCUUUUCUCUUCUGAGAAAACCAUGUGGUUACAUGAAGAAAAGUUGUUGAGCGGAAAUAGAAAAAUGCCAAAGCUGUUAACAAUUGGUAAUGGCCAUAAAAGUGCAGCAAACCCAGUUUGCGGAGAGAUCCCCCCAAGCAGCACCAUUGCCACGAGUCCCCCAGCACCAGUUCAGCUGUCACGGGAACGGCCUCGUGCUGCCUCCCCGUGUGGGUGCCGCCACGCGGAGAUGGGUGCGGGUGCUCCCGGGUUCUCUUCACUCCCUUUGUCUCUCCACAGUUUAUCUCCUGCCUUGCUGCAUGCGGGAAGCCGUUGCCAGCAGCGUGGUCCUAACUAACUGCGAGGCGCCGAGGGCCGAGGCUGACCACGGGUUGGUACUUGGAGCAUCCUCCCAGCCACUGACACGGCCAGAGGGCAGGCAGGGACAGGGACAGGGACAGGAGAGGGACAGGGAAAGGGAAAGGGACAGGGACAGGGACGAUGAUGGUGACGGUGACGGUGACAGCGACAAGCCAUCCAGAGGCACUCCGCUCUCGCUCCGCCUGGCAGGGUGAGGGUAGUGCUAAUGCUGGGGCUGGUCUGCAGCCCCUGCUUUGCUUCCAUAGGUCCGUAAUUAGGUAAAAGUUGCCCUGAACGAGCACGGAUUCUGCCGAGGUGAAGGCUUCAGGAGCCCCCUGGGUUGGCACGUGGGGUAGCGCUGUGCAGUGGGGCAUGGGAGCAGCAGCAGGGCAGGACGCAGCCCUGCAGGACACCAGAGGCACGGCGCCGGGGGCGAGGGGAUGCGCUCAGCAGCUCCAGCUGCUCCCUUUCUCUGUCCUCAGUGGUUUUUGCUUUUGCUCACUAACCUGGUGCUGGUGACCUUUGGAGGUAGCCGAGUGUCCGUGGCUGGCCUGCCUCUAGCUGCUGGCAGCUCUGCUGCUCUGUCAGGGCGCCCACAACCAGCGCAGCCCCCACAGACGGCUCAGCACCGCUGCUGCCUCCACUCAGCCUCUGCUCAGGCUCUGUUCUGUGCUGUCAGCCCGCACCCCCAGCGGGGGGACGCCUCGCUGGGCUCUGGCUGCCCCCACGGUCCUGCGCCCCCAGCCUCUCGGGUGUGCAAUCUGUGGCCAAAGCACCCGCGGGCAGGCGGCUGCCGGCCUCCGCAUUAACCCACUAACCGUGCCCCUCCCCGUCCUCAGCGACCCCGGGGUCAGGAGGAAUUUUUGGGCUGAUCCCGAUGUGUCCAGUUGAAGAGGGUGCCUGCCCCUCCCGGAUCCGGGGGCAGAGGUGGUGCUGAGGGGUCCAGGAGUCGGCUCCGCAGUUGGAGCAGAGGAGUGGGGAUGGGGAAGGAGCAGGGGGCGGAGGAGGGCAGGAGGAGGAGCGGGGUCCAGCACAGGGCAGGGGUCCCCAGCAGGUCCCCAGAGCCCUCCAGCCCAGCCCCUGCCCAGGGACCCUCUAGGGAUCCACCGUGCCCCCUCCGAGGGGUCGGGCCACUGGUGCCCACUGCGUGGCUGCUCCCCUGCACGGCCACCCCUCCUGAGCAGAGGGCAGCGGGUGACAGAGGUGUCACAGAACAGCCCGCGGCUCCUUCGCUCCGCCCUGUCCCCUCAGGAGUCCCCGUCCUGGCUGGGAGAAGUCUGUCUGUCUGUCUGUCUCUCUGUCUGUCCCUGUUUGAGACCCGCCUGAAGAAGGGUGGUGACCAAGAGGGGAUCCCAGCAGAGCGCCUGGCCCUGGGGUGCCCCAGCCUGUCCAGAGCACGCCGGCUGCGGGCUGCCUCUCGUCUCGGGGUGUGAGAACCUCACCCCAUGUGCAUCACCUCCCUCCUGCCCUGGCCGGGCUGUGGCGUGCCCGGUGCCUCGCAGGGCCCAUGGGUGGGAGAGCACCGGGGCUGGGGCACGGGGUGCUGGGGCAGGACACGUCCCCAAGAGCCCGCUCGGUGCCGCAGCGUCCCCCAUCGUCCUGCAGCGCCGCGGGUCUCGGUGCUGGCAUGGGGCGAGGAUGCUCUGGGGUCAGGGAUGUGGGGCCGAGGAUGUCCUUACUGCCUGUAAUGUCUGCUGUGAACAUGGCAAGUGUG